AUGAAUACGGCAAUAAUUGCAGAAUUAGUACAGCUCUUUAAAAUUUCUAUGGAUCAAGAGGAUUCGGAUAUGGAGAGAAAGUUCAAAGAUUAUUUGAUGCAAAACCACUUAUCUGAUCGAAAUCUUCAAGCGGUAUUAUCAAAUUCGUCAUUACCUUUGCAUGUCACGAUCUUUGGUUUUUUGUGUAUUACCGAUACGAUUAGAGAUAUUGAGGUUGAUCCAUCAUUUAUCAUGCCUCGCAAUUAUCCCGAACUGAAAAAAGUUUAUGCGCUCAAAUUGAUUCACCAAUCAGCAGAUAAAAACGAAAUGUAUGCUCAAUUACUUUUGGCGAAUUCAUAUCGUUAUGGGCGUUGGCAUUGCCGUGAUAAUAGACUGGCAUUUCACUGGUAUCAACAAUCAAUGAGAUCUAAAAACGCGAUAGCAAGUUACCAUCUGGGAGCUUGUUACCAAUGUUCGAUUGGGUGUAGGAAAGAUAUGGUUAAAGCAUACAAAUGCUAUUCAAAAUUUGGCGAUGGAUUUCAAGAUGGGCUGAUGCUUUGUUAUUUCAAAGGAAAGGGUACCCAAAAAGAUAUUCAUUCAGCAUUAAAAUGCUGUUUGAAGUCAUGUAAAUCUGAAACAAUAGAAAUAAAAUACCGUCUUAUACAAAUGCUUAAUGAAAAAUACAUUAUGCGUAACUAUUGA